CCCAAAAAACCACACGUGUUACAAAAACAGGGUUUUUGGAACGCUCUGACGCCCCACCCCAUUAUUAUAACUACGCUCGUAUCUCUCUAUUUUUUCACAUACACACUCAGAGACAUACACAAACACAAACACUAACACUAACACACACAAAAUUGAAGAGAAUUCUCUCAAAAUCCCGUCUAGGUUCUUGUAGUUAUGGCUGGAAGGAGAAGAACGAAACAGAGAAAGUUGGUUGAUACAAUCAAGGAAGAUCAAAGAGUUUCAAGUGGGCCGGAUAAGCAAAAUUCAGCAGCGGCUGAUCUCCCAAAGGAGCUUUUGGAGCUGAUUCUUUCUCCAUUAGACUUGAGAGAUAACAUCCGUGCUUCUGCUGUCUGCAAAUCCUGGCAAGCUGUUGCAACCUCUGUCCGAAAGUCUGACAGGUGUCCCUGGCUUAUGAUUUGCCCAAAAGAGGGCAACUUGUAUGAUUUCUAUGACCCUACUCAACGCAAAACAUAUUCCCUGGAUUUGCCAGAGUUAAAGGGCUCUAGGAUCUGUUAUGCCAAGGAUGGUUGGUUGCUGUUAUCCAAGCCUAGAACUCGGCGCGUCUUCUUCUUUUCCCCUUAUACUGUGGAGUUGAUCAAACUUCCUAAGCUACAGUUGGCUCACCAAAUAGUUGCCUGUUCAGCUGCGCCAACAUCUGAUAACUGUAUCCUUUUUACAGUUAAGCAUGUUAACCCCAUGCUUGUUGCAGUUAGCACUUGUCGGCCUGGAGAUGAUGCAUGGACCACCAUCCAUUUUGAAAACCAGCUUCCCUUUGUCAGCAGCAUCUGGACUAAGAUAGUCUUCUCCAGGGGUCGUUUCUACUGUUUGAGUCUUACUGGUUGGCUUGGGAUUUAUAACACAACUAACGGUAUUUGGGCGGUUCUCUCUGUGCCUCCACCUAAAUGCACAGAGUACAUUUCUGCUGAGAACUGGUGGAAAGGCAAAUUCAUGGCAGAGUAUAAUGGGGAUAUUUUUGUUGUGUACACUUGUGCUGCUGUGAACCCCAUCAUAUACAAGUUGGACGAGAUGAAACAAGUUUGGGUGGAGAUGGGAUCUUUAGAAGGAAUGACAUUCUUUGCGAACUUUUUGUCUUCCCAUGUUCGGGCUGAUCUUCUUGGGAAGAUGAGAAACAAUGUUUAUUUCUCUAAGGUUCUAUAUUAUGGGAAGCGCUGUGUCACAUAUUCUGUCGACCAUGACAGAUAUUAUCCUCGAAAGCAGCCUUAUGAUUGGGGACAGCAAGAUCCUUUCCAGAGCAUUUGGAUUGACCCACCUGAAGACGUUUCAACUAUUCUCUAAAGAUGGCAGCUAGAGUGGUGAAAAUAUAUAGUUAAUGCUAUCUUAUGAACUGACUUGUAGGCAAACGACAGACAUAGGACAAAUGGUAUACUACAUUGAGUAUAGCAAUAGCGAAUUACGGUGUAUUUCUUUUGUCUUGCUAUUGUUUCUGGAUUAACAUAUAUUCGCAUGAUAUCAUGCAAAAAUUUUAUCCUCCAGUCUGUCUCUCUCUUUUAAUUGCUUUUAGACAGGAAAGAAAAAUUACGUAUGUUAUCAAGAAAAAUGAUUGUUAUGUUGGA